AUGGCGACACCAAGACCAAGGGGGGGCGGCAGCGACGACCUGCUGUCCUCGCCAGAUCCGCUCAACGAUACCGUCUCCUCGGCGCUCUACCCUUCGUCACGUCGCGUCACCCGUAGCCAAAGGUCGCAGCGGUUGUUCUCCCUCGGCGGCCCUGGGACUUCGCCUAGAAAGCAAAUGUUCGAGCUCGAGGUUGGCGACGACCGCGCACCCAAGCGGUUGCUAGUGACUGUUGAGGCGGAGGGGGAGGGCGAGUACGAGAACGUCGGGCGCAGGCUUUUCAACGCCGACACGCCCACUCUGAGUCGCGGCGCAUACACAACCACCGUCCCACUGGCUGGUGAUAGGAGAAACACAGCUGUCAAGACUCCGGCGCGCCGGGGUCGGCCUCCCAAAGCUGCCACUCCAAAGACAGGCACAGCAACCAAGAGGAGAGCUACGUCUUCUCCAAAGAAGACACCAAGACAGACACGAAAGGUCAAGACCAUUGCAGAUUCGGAUGGCAUCGAAACCGAUAUCACCAUCCAGGGAACACCGAAAUCGACUACUCGUACCAGGCGCGCGACCAGUCGCCAGCCGCGUGGAAAAUCCGAAGACCCCGUCCCUUCGUCCAGACCCAGCACAACCCGGGGUCGCGGCCGACCCAAACGCGUCGAGUUCUCCGACCAGCCAGUGGAAACAAUUGAGGAGGGAGCAAACUUUGGCGGCGAGGCGCCAUCAGACGGUGGGCUCGCUGCGGUGAUGGAGGAUAUGGCCGUUGACGAUCCUACUCCGAGACGGCCACAGCCUGCUGGCUCGAUGCCCGAAUCCGAACCCGACAUCUGGAUGCAAACAAUGUCAGGCCAAGCGACGCCUCGAGCAUCGAUACAAGACAACCCAAUCGUCCUCAGCCCGACGCCCGCCUACUUGCAAGACAAAAGUCCGACGCCGUCUGAACAGCUUCAUUCCGAAUCAGGAAACGAGCCCGAAUAUAACGAAUAUGACUUUGCGCCGGGCGCGCCGAGCGACAUAUCGUCAUUAAUUGGCGACAAUGACGCGGAACGCGAGCCCCGUGACCAGGACACGGUUGCCCAGGGCGAGGAUUUCAGUAUGAUUUUCGCAAACUCCAUCCCCUCUAUGAUGGGACAUACGAGCAUGCAUGUCCCUGGCUCAGAUGACGUUGGCGAGGAAACAGGCUUGAUCAUCAACCAGACAAUGGAGUCUUUGAGACGAAGCGGUGCCUUGCGCGUGGAUGAUGACGACGACGAAGAAGUAGAAGCAGAAGAAGCGGAAGACAAUACCGUCAGAGUCCCUACUGAGCAAGAGGCUCUAACACAUCGUGGUCUAGACCAGGAGGAGGCUCAACCCGAGCAGGAGGCCGAAACACACAUUAAGUCCAUUGUGGACUUCGACAAUGACGUGGACAAAUCCCCAGUCGCUCUUCCUUCUCUUCCCCGGCCUAUUCUUUCGUCUCAGUCACUGGCACCCGAGCAAACUUCCCCAAACAGGAGCAACCAGUCGCCAGGCCGGACAAGAAGCAGCCCCCGUCGCAAGUCUAUUCCACUAGGCCGGAAGCUAUUUGAGAACAAGGCAAAGCAACUGGAGUUGGAGACCUCUAAGAUGGGAAUCUCACAGCCGGAUGACUCGUUCUCCAGCAUACCAUCCAGAAUCCUGGAUGCGGCCACUCCUCAUGCCAAGGCCUCCAGGCGCAGCUCAAUGGCCAAUGAGGAGGCAUCUGCGGUGUACGAAGACGAGUUUUCCGAGAUUCCAGAAGCCUACCUCGAGGCAGCAACGCCGGGCAAAGCAAACCUGCCCCAGGUUGACGAGGACAACGAAGAGGCUGCGGAUGUCAUCGGGGGCGAGAUUCAGGACGAGAUGGAGGACUUCGAGGACGACGUCGAAAUAUCCCAAGGUGACCAGGCGGAAGAGCAAGAGGCGGCAGAGGAAGAAGCUCGUAAGGGUUCACCCAAAUCUGCAGCUCCAUCUAAUGCGAGUGUUUCUUACACUCGAUCAGACUCGGCACGAAUGCCGACACCAGACGACACGCCAUCGCCUAAUGAGGUCACCGUCCCUCAAUCGGAUGCCAAAACCAUCGAAGCACCGCAGAGCUCUCCAACCGCCGAAUACUCUCAGCUCCCCGAGAUGAGCUCUGAUCCCCCAGUUCCGGAGCUGACAACCAACCUUCCUGCAGCAACUAGCGAGUACAUCACUCCGGUGGCACCGGUCUCUUCCCCCGUCCCAUCGCCGGAUGUAAAUCUCUUGGCGCCUCGUGCGGCAUCACCUGACAAUGGACUUCGACCCGCGCUAUCUCCUAUCGUGAGGGCCGGAAGAGCUUUGCAGAGUGUCACAUCGGACGCAUCGUCGCCUCCUCGUAGGAACUCUCUUGGUAGCCCUUUCAGACCUACCACGAGCAGUAGCCAGCCUCAGUCAGCCGCCAAGUCGACUCGCAGUUGGACCCAGCCUUUGUCUACGCUGAUACAGGCGGGAGCUCAAUUCUUCGGAUCACCAACUCGCGCCUCGGCCCAACCUCAGCCCCAGCCCCAGCCACAACCUCAGACGCAACCUCCAGUGCCGCAGUCAGCAGGUCAGCCUUAUGAAGACCCCUUUGGUCAUGAGGAUGAUCAUACCGGUCAGCCAAGCUUCAUGGAGGCUCUGGCCAAGAGCAUGCUUGUGUCUCCUACCGAGGAGCAAAGGGAAGUUUCGGUGUCCAUGUCGGGAUCUCUUCGCGUAGCCCCGGCCGAUGAAGCUGAUGAGAUGAGCUGGAUGGCAGAAGCGCCGGCUCCGCGUGAGCAGCCUUUCACUCAGUCGCGGUCCCUGCAAAAUAAUAGCAUGAUCGCUGCCGGGACGUCCCGGGCCAGUCGGCGACCCAGCUUUGAGGGUCUCAGUCUCACUUUUGAUGGCGCCGAUGAGACAGAGGUUGAGGAAGAACAGCUCGAAGAAGAAGACGAUGACAUCUGGGCGGUAGAGGCGUCGCGUCCUGCCUCCAAAUACAGUCGCCAACAGCCAUUCGGCAAGCAACCCGUUGCACCAGUUCCCGAGCGGCGCGCAGUUCUUCCCGGGCCGUGGCAGAGUCGGGCAGAGUCGCCAAAGAAGAACACCCUGUUCACUCCAGCGGCGGCAAAGAUCUACAAGCCCGGCUUUGGCGAGGCCGAGGAAGAGGACUUCUCCAUGCUUUCUCAACAACGGAGCCAGAAACAGCUUCCUCAGAAGGCUUUCGAGGUUGCACAGAGAUCGUCCGCGAAGAAGGACCUAGCUGUCUUCUUCUCUUCUCCUGCUCUUCUCCCCGGAGCGGAAGGUAUCAGGGAGAUCUUGGACAAGAAGCGACAGAGCGCAUUGUCGUCUAAGGAUAAUGCGCAGCCCGCGGAGCAGCUCAACACGGGGCUCGAGACGAACUCCAUGUUCCCCUCUAUCCCGCAGAAGGCAUUCGCGCCUUCUGCCAGUGGUCGCUCGGAUCUCUUCUCGCCCGCGAAACCCUCUGCUACGAAGUCAGUCACCGACUCGCGCCGGGAACUCUUCUCUUCAACCAAACCUCAGGGCAACACGAGGCAGCGAUCCGAGAUACCCGAUUCUCAAGCAAACAUAUCGUCUGAUAUCUCUUUCGCUCCUAUACCGCAGAAGAAGAACUUCACGCCCAAAGAAGGGCAGAAGACGCAAAAUUUGUUCAGCAAGGCGGCGCCGCCGGUGCCAUCGCUGACCCCGGUGCGGAUGCAGCUCACUCGCGCGGAUAUCCAGAAGUGGCAAGAGAGUAGUGCCUCGGCCAUUGCGGAAGACUCGCCCGAAUCCGAGCGGCGUAUUCUCCGGCCCUUGCCAGACCGGAACUUGUCACCCACCAAGUCCUGCCUGCGCUCUCCCCUGAAGCCGCGCACGCCGGGCAGAGUCGUCGAGUUCACUAGCAGCGUCCUCUCGCCUCUGGCUCAGGCGCAAGUCCGCGCACAUCGUCGCCUGUCAGCUAGUUCCAACAGCAGCGCGUCCGCCGCCCAACAGCAACAGCAGCAGCAACAGCAGCAGCAACAGCAGCAGCGCAUCAACGCCAUCAUAGAAGAAGAGGACAAGGAGAAGGAUGCCGCCAUGGACGAGGGCGACGACGCACAACAAGAGGACAUGGACGUCUCGAUGACGGACGCGCCGGAAAUGGGCGGCCCGCUCAAGCCGGUGGUCGAGGAGGAGCCGCGCCUCUCGCAGACCAUGUGGUCGCGUGACCACUGGCUGUUGCUGGAUGACAUCAUUCAGCUGCGCCGCCUGGGGCCGUUCGACUUUCAGUUUCCGGACGACUUCCAGAGCAAGUCCGGAUGGCUGCUCGGCCGCUCCGUCCACUCGCACGGCGCCAGCCUGACCUUGGAGCAAUGGCAUCUUGACGUCGUCGACGCCUUCAAGGCCGAGGUCGGCGGGUGGGAGGAGGAGGUCCUCGCCAAGAGGGUGUUUUCGUUGAUUGUCGGGGAGCAGCUCCGGAAGGAGGGCAAGGCGCCCAAGGCGCCUUCUGUACAGUUUGCAUAG